AUGGGAACUGGAGAAAUAGUUCCGGUUGCAGGAAAAUGGACUUUUGUGAUAGAAACCAAGUUGGGUAGGAAGCACAUUCAAGAAGUGAUGCUUGUACCAGGUCUUGAAGAAAAUCUGCUUACUGUUGGACAAAUGAUGGAGCAUGGGUACUAUCUUAUGUUUGGAGGGAAUGUGGUGAACAUUUAUGAUGAUCGGUCACUGGACAAUCUGAUUGUUAGAGUUCAAAUGACAAAUAACAUAUGUUUUCCUCUUAUAAUGAUGCCUGCAAGUGAUUUGGCCUUAAAGGCAAGUGUUACACACAGUUUGCAGACAUGGCACAAGAGAUUGGGGCACUUAAAUGAAAGGAGCAUAAAAAUGCUUAAGAAUCAAGACAUUGUUCAUGGCUUACCUCACUUGGAGCAAACUUCAGUAGUGUGUGAAGGCUGCAUGCUAGGAAAGCAACACAGAGAUUCCUUUCCAUUGGAGUCCACUUGGAGAGCUACAUGUCCUUUGGAAUUGGCAUUUUCUGCUAUUUACAAUGAUUACACUAGAAUGUCAUGGGUGUAUUUCAUCAGAAACAAGUCAAGAGCAUUUGAAUGUUUUGAAAAGUUCAGGGCUAUGACUGAGCUACAAAGUGGAUAUAAGAUAAAAGGCUUGAGAAGUGAUAGGGGUGGAGAGUUUUUAUCAAGCGAAUUUAACAAGUAUUGUGAAGAGUUUGGAAUUCAAAGGCAGCUAACUGUGGCAUACUCUCCUCAGCCAAAUAGAGUAGCUGAGAGAAAGAACAUAACAGUGGUGGAAAUGGCAAAAUCCAUGUUGCAUGAGAAGGGUAUUCCCUAUGAGUUUUGGGCAGAGGCUGUAAACACUGCAGUCAAUCUACUAAAUAGAUGUCCCUCCAAGUCUCUCAAAAAGGUAACACCAUUUGAAGCUUACACUGGCAGAAAACCAGGCAUUGCACACUUGAAGAUUUUUGGAUCUCCUUCCCAUGUGCACAUCCCUUCAGUACUAAGACAUAAACUUAAAGAAAACAGCCACAAGUGUAUCUUUGUGGGUUACGGAAUCUGUGAAAAAGGGUACAUAUUAUUUGAUCCAAAAUCUAUAAAGAUUAUUCUGUCUAGAGAUGUACAUUUUGAUGAAGAUGUUUCAUGGAAGUGGGAGAAUACUGGUGCAAGAGAAAUGAAAGUGUCUAUGCCUACUAAAAAUCAAGACUGUGAACCAAGUCAAACCUUCGAACCAUCAACUCAAGUGGACGGAGGUACUACACUACAAGAUGAGGAAAUACUUGAAAUCUUGCAAGCUAUUGACCACACACUAAAAAAAUGGAAAAGUAUCAACGAGAUCAUGGCUCAGUGCAAUAUGUGCAUAGUGGAACCUGAGAAUUUUGAAGAGGCUGAUCUGGAUGAGUCAUGGAGAAAGGCAAUGGAAGCUGAGUUGGAAAUGGUAGAGAAGAAUAAUACUUGGCAGCUUUUUGAGAGACCGUUUAAUAAACCUGUCAUUGGUGUCAAGUGGGUCUAUAAGACCAAACUUAAUCUAGAUGGUACUGUGCAGAAAAAUAAGGCUUGA